CAAGUGUCAGUGUCAGUUUCUGUUUCACAGCGGAGGAUGGCGGCUGUCCAAGUAGCUGGUUGCGUUAAUUUAAAUGAAGUAAAUCCAACAAAUAAAAACAUAGAAUGCAAUGGGAAGGAGGAAAAACCUCUAAAUGGAAAAGUGCACCACAGCCAAAACGGCUACGUAAAAUCAAAGCUUAUUAGUAAUGGAGUUGAUAGCGUGUCGAGCAUGGAGCAGCCGGCGCCGCGGAUGGCGUGGUCGCAGCACGACAUCUUCCCCGGCUCGUUCGAGGCGUGCUCGCUGCUGACGGCGGCGCUCACGCACGCCGGCCUCUACCUGCUCAUGUUCCUGGGCUUCGUCAACCAGCUGCUCUUCAAGCCCAACGUGGCCACCGAGCGGAACCGCGAGGGCUACGCGCCGCUGUACAACCCGUUCGAGCAGUUCUACUCGCGCUACGUGUACCGGCGCGUGCGCCACAUCUUCAACCGCCCCAUCUGCUCCACGCCCGGCGCCGAGCUCACGCUGAAGGAGCGAGCCACGGACGACUACAACUGGUCCUUCAGGUUCACGGGCACGGAGAAGCGUUGUAUCAACCUCGGCUCGUACAACUACCUCGGCUUCGCGGAGCCUUCGGGCGAGUGCGCGGACGCGGCCGAGGCGGCCACGAGGCGCUACGGAGUCGCCCUCGCCUCGCCUCGCGGAGAGCUGGGCUCCACGCCUCUGCACAAGGAGCUGGAGGAAACCACUGCCAAGUUUCUGGGCGUCGAGGCGGCGGUGGUGUUCGGCAUGGGCUUCGCGACCAACGCGCUGGGCAUCCCGGGGCUGAUGGGCGCGGGCUCGCUGGUGCUGAGCGACGAGAACAACCACGCGUCGCUCAUCCUGGGCCUGCGCCUCGCGCACGUCACCGUGCGCGUGUUCCGCCACAACAACCUGCCGCACCUCGAGGAGCUGGCGCGCGAGGCCAUCGCCGAGGGCCGCUGGAAGAAGAUCAUCGUGAUGGUGGAAGGCGUGUACAGCAUGGAGGGCUCCAUAGUGCCGCUGGCGGCGCUGGUGGCGCUCAAGAAGCAGUACGGCCUGCUGCUGUACCUGGACGAGGCGCACUCCGUGGGCGCCAUGGGCGCGCGCGGGCGCGGCGUGCUGGACCACUGCGGCGUGCUGGCCGCCGACGUGGACGUGCUCAUGGGCACCUUCACCAAGAGCUUCGGUGCCGCCGGGGGAUACAUCGCCGGGUCGGCGAAGCUGGUGUCGCUGGUGCGCGCGCACGGGCACGCGCACGCGUACGCGCACGCCAUGGCGCCGGCCGUGUGCGCUCAGGUGCUGGCCGCCAUGCGCGCCAUCGCGUCGCCGGCGGGCGUGGCGCGCGUGCGUGCGCUGCGCAGCAACACGCGGCACUUCCGGCGCCGCCUGCGCGCCAUGCGCGUCGUGGUGUUCGGGCACGAGGACUCGCCCGUGGUGCCCAUGCUGGUGUACACGUUCAGCAAGAUGGCGGCCACGGUGGAGCGGCUCACGGCGCGCGGCGUGGCCAGCGUGGGCGUGGGCUUCCCCGCCACGCCGCUCAACAAGGCGCGCAUCCGGUUCUGCCUGUCGGCGGCGCACUCCCGCGAGCAGCUGGACCAGUGCCUGGACGCCAUCGAGGAGGUGGUGGAGGAGCUCGGGCUGCGCUACUCCCGGCAGCCGCCCUCCCCCUCGCCCUCCCCCUCGCCCGCCGCCGCCACCUAGCCGCCGCUACACGGACUAUAGUGCAGUGCCAAGUGCUCCUUAUCACUAUGUUGCAACUCAUGACAUGCGCUCAUCACACUGACAAUAGGAAAGUCAAUGACCGCCACCCGUCAUCUGUCACUUUUUAUGCAAGUCCUCCCGACCGAAUUUCGGCCACAACAACCAAUCUCCAUAGAGCCAACUGCGCUGCAAUUAUUAUAGUGCACAAGCGUGUGCGUAAACACAGAUGCACUCUCUGUUCCCUCACUUUCGUAGCCCAAUGGGACAAAUCUCAUACGACGAGAGAGAUCUGAGAGAACAUUCUUAUAUAAAAAUACUUUGAAAUUUGAAUGUAUGUUUCUUAAAAUAUAAUGUAGAUUUAAGUAAUGUAAUAAAAGUAUAUUGAAAACUAGCUGAUGGUUCCUGUGACUUAUAUGGAUGAAUUGUGAAAAUGUACACUACAAACAGAUUUGCAUUUAUAUAUUUGUUUUAUUGCGGCUAUCGGCUUGCGCUUGACAACAGUGAUGGCUGGAGCGCGCUCGUCUAGGAGAUGUAUAUUCACUCUUGCCUUGAACAUUAUCAAGUUAUACGUGGCAGGAAUCAUGGAUUCAAAGGCAUUCCACACCUUAGCCGUUCGUAUGACGUAUCAAUAAGUGCUUUUGUAGGGUUCGUUCAAAAUACAAUCAGGCCCGAAUUACCCGAAGCUGAAACAGGCGGCUUUAAAUAGGGGAGCUUUUCGGGUGAUGAUCGCCAAACUUCGUUUCGAAGAAGGUACGCGAUGAUGAUGAUGAAAAAUAAAAAGUAUUGCAACGCGUACUGGGAUUUUUGAAUAGAAGUAAUAAUAAGUGAAAGCUCCGACGUCACAGUGUGACGGAACGUCAUUGCUAUUGUCAGUUUGAUCGCUGUAUAGAAGUUUUAGCGUCGCGUCACCACAGCCUAAGCUAACGGCGACCGGGGAGUUGCUCGAUGGACGUUCGGAAUGUAGCUUCUCUUUCAUUAUUGAUGAUUAGCUGAUGCCCGCUACUUCGUCCGCGUGGAUUUCGGUUUUCAAAAACGUGGGAAGUAUGAUUUUCCGGUAUAAAAAGUAGCUUAUGUCACUCUAGGUCUUUAACUAUACCUAUGCAAAAAUCACUCCAAGCUGUUGCUCCGUUGAAACGUGAUUGAAGGACAAACCAAUAAACAAACAGACACACAUUCGCAUUUAUAAUAUGAGUAGAGUAGUAGUGAUUUUACUCCGUGUUGAUUAGGUCGCGUUCACAAAACACGUAUUGAAAGUGUUAGGUAUCUAUCUCACUAGGACACCAGUGGUAGCGCUACCACUCGUAGCUACAUCUACAUGGAGGGUACAUCGCCUGGUGUUCGCUUGAUGGCGCAACCAACACGGGCCACCUGCUGGUGACGCAACCACUUAUUUGUAUAGAGCUAUUUGUCGUCUCACUCAUCCGCCUGGUGGACGAGUGAGACGCUAAAUAGUAGUCGUUGUGCUACCAGGAACGCUCCUCGCUGUGCAUUGCGAUGUCAUAUUAUAUGUUUAUACCUGUGUCUGACCAAAAGAUACCAUUUUUUAAAAAAGCGCAGCACAUGAAGUGUUGACUGAUGAACUAAUCGUGGGCCUGUCUAAACACAGCGCUUCCUACCACCAAGUAGAUCGCCUUCUGCGCAGGUUCUAAGUCACAUUUUUGGUGACGUAUCCUGUGCUAUCCAUCCGGAUAAGGGCCCGGCGUAAAAUAAAACAAGCCCAACACUUUCCGGAUGUCCAUCGAGUGCCAACAGAGGCCGCCUCAUUACUGCAAAGUGUAAUUAUUUCGUUUACUCAAUAAAUUAUUUUCUCAAG